AAUAAUAAAUUCUGAUUCCAAAUACAGUUUAUUUCUUGUGUAUUGCGACAAUGAUUAAAGUAAAAAGUAAACAAUGAAGCUUAUACAUUGUUUCUGUUAUUUUAAUUAAAAUCUUUCGUAUGUACACGUAUCUUGACGUAACGAUUGAGAAAUAUCGAGACGCACGCAUUGCAUACGACGCAAAAGGAGAACAAACGAAAUGAACUGACAACGCACGCGUAAUCGCGCAUAGUCAAUUAAGAUUACGAGUAAAAAAAAUGAUUCUAAUCUUCGCAUUAGUGCCAUAUUAUCGCAUUACUCUUUUAUCAAUGGCUAAUCCAUCACGUCUAAUUAAUUACUAGAAUAAUAGCGCAAAGAACCGACUUAAUCAGAAAAUUGAGUGCGCCUGCGAGGCGCGUGAAUAACGUAGGGCUGUUUAUAAAUCAUGGCAAUGCACAUCACGUCGCAUUAAAAUCAGGAAUUGGAGUCUGAAAGAUACGGUCCUCAACCUUUCGGACGGAAGUACCGCAAGUUAAUUCUAUUCGGUGCUAUGAGAAGAUCUAAAUGAUCUCUCAAACGACCGAAUAUGAAAAUUUAUAUAUCUUUUUGACGGAUGCGUUUUGCUAUUAUUUGCGACAGAUGAUGAAACUCGCGUGUAUUCUUUCGCUAUGCAACAUAAUAUUUGCGCGUACAAAUAUUUAAAAUAAUUCGCUUACAUCGUGUUAUUUGCGCUUGUCAUCGACUCAUAGUGAACUUUACGUUAUGUAUGAAUAUAUGUAAAUUUUAUAAAAACGGUGGUGAUAUAUAGUUUAACAUUUGAAGUGAAACGCCGUGGUGAGGCAACGCUCAUACGUAGACAAAAUCCACAUGAAUCCGAAGACCACAAUAUGUAUUGCAUAUAGAUAUAAAUAUGCACAUAGCUUUAAAGGCAAUGAUAUGAUAACUGCAUAUGCACAAAGAUGCAUAUGCGACAUACACACAAGUGUAUUCUUAUACUGAAAAGAAUACGAGAGACCGGUCGGUACAUAGUCUGACCGUAGUGGGAGAUACUUGCAUGCCCCACCCCCCAUUAGCCCCUCAUAUUUUUAUAUUAACAUCUAGUGCGGCUCAGGACGUCGUUGAGCGCAGUUUCUUCGGUAGCUUUGUAAUAAUUUUCAAUUUUUUAUUUAAUUUUUUUUACUUGUUACUACUCUGACCGCAAAUAUCGGGUUUGUUAAGAUUUAAUAUUUUAAUUAAUAUUUUUUCCACGUAGUGAUUUCUUCUGUGCCAAUGUAGUGCCUACGAUGCAUUGUAAACAUUUCUGGAGGAAUAUAAAUGUUUAUAUAUUUGACCAAGUCAAGAAUCCGAUCCGUUGUCGGCCGAAAAUUUUUCGGUCCUUGGGUUUUUUCUCCUCAGUCGCGUCACAGUUCGCGAGGAGAAAACUUGUGCGCGCGUAAGGAAGACGAAAAGAGGGUUAAGUGAAUUAUCUCUGUUCGAGGCUGAUCGAACCCGGUGCGGAGUCGUAAGGUUUCCAGCGCGAGCUGGGAAGCCAAAACAGUGUCUUGCCAGCAAAGUGAGAGAUGUUCGUAUAGUGAAGUCAAAAAAUUGGUUGUACGGCGCUCGCGUCAUCUUUUUUUCCCUCUAUUCAUCCAUUUAUUCGUUCGUCUUUCGCUUCCGUUUUACAUCGAAUUCUCCGCGUUUUCCCUUCCUCUCGCGAGCCUCAUGGAUCGCAACGAGAGCACGAACGAGGGAGGCAGCUCGCCCGACACGGUGGUCGCGCGUUCCUCGUCGGAGGAGGAGAAGCGGAAGUCGACCGUGGCCAGCACCUCCGGCGAGUACAUCUCCGUAGACGACAGCAGUUCCAGUCUCGAUACCCUGACCAGCGGCAGCGUCGCGAUCCUCUCCUCCAACGUUUGCGCGGACGAGCGAAAAAGGGGUAAAUUCGGCGCUUUCAGGAGCAGCUUCCGCGAAGGUAGCUUAUUCAAAAUCAAGAAGAAGGCACGUGGAACCGACGUGUCCUCCUCCUUUGAAGCAGAACAACAUGAUAAAGAGGUAUCUCAGCAGCACUCGCAACGGCUCGAGGACGGGAAAGAGUCGAAAUUGAUGACCGACGCGCUUUCGGGCGUGAGCCUGAAGAAAAAGAAAAAGAAGUCGCACUCGCUGGUGCGUAAGCUGAGCUUGAAUAAAUUUCGCAUGUCGUCGGAACAGCAAGAGCCGCGACAUACUCCGGAGGGUGGCAACAGUAGCCGAUCCCAAAGCCAGUCCUCGCAAGACUCGCCCGCUCAUACAUAUAUUCACUCCACGGCGAAGAAGGAGAAUGUUGACGUCCUGGAAAGGGAAAAGGAGACAAGGGAGGAGCUUAAGAAACCAGAAAAGCUGCACGAGAAGACCAGCGACGUAGUGCAACGCAAAUCACCGUCGUCGACCAUCGAGAGCUUUGCGGAAACCGUUCAGCGGGGUGAGCCUUACACUCGACGGCAUUCGCAACAAGAGACUCGAGAUUCCACACGUUCCGACCAGCGAUGCAGCUCGUCGCUCCCAUACGCGUUGUCGGGAUGGCCGGAGCGUAGUGGGACGAACCUUGCAGAAAGUUCAACGAUCAGAAGAAACAAAGUGAAGGCGAAAUACGAUUCGGAUUCCUCGGAAUGCAUGCCGUCGACGUCGACGUCGUCGCCCAUUGAGGUUCGCCGCAAGCUGUCGUUGCUGGAAGAGAAACGAGCGAUAUUUCAGGGACGCUUCUUCAAUUCGAAGUCCGGGGACACGACGCGCUCGAAUGAAACGACGAUCGACCUUAGCAUACACGACGAUCUAUCGAGCACCAACAGCAACGAAUUUCUUCAACAGCGGGAAGAAGAAAAAAAGAAGAAGGUGCGGCAUAUCAGCGUGAGGACUUUUGACGCUUUCUCUACUUUCGGCCACACCCUUGACGAGGAGGAUAUCUCGGAAGAUUACAACGAUAAAGACAGAAAUUAUCGCGGACUUUACUCCAUCGUGCUGGAAGCUACGGAGGACCCUGAGUCGUCGAAUAAUGCACCGAACCUCGGAGUAAGCGAGAAGCGGGAGCACUUGUACAAAAUAUUAGUAAUCGGCGAGCUUGGGACGGGGAAAACGUCUAUCAUCAAGCGAUAUGUGCAUCAAUUCUUCUCCCAACAUUAUCGCGCGACGAUUGGCGUCGACUUCGCGCUCAAAGUACUGAACUGGGAUCCGCACACCAUCAUCAGACUGCAAUUAUGGGAUAUCGCAGGUCAAGAAAGAUUCGGGAACAUGACCAGAGUUUAUUACAAGGAAGCUGUAGGUGCUUUUAUAGUAUUCGAUGUGACGAGAAGCGCGACGCUGGACGCGGUGGUGAAAUGGAAACAGGACUUGGAUUCAAAAGUGCAACUUCCUGACGGAUCGCCGAUACCGUGCGUUCUGCUCGCGAAUAAAUGUGAUCAACAGAAGGAAGGUCUGGUUAACUCGCCCGGCAAGAUGGACGAAUACUGUAAAGAGAAGAACUUUGCUGGUUGGUUUGAAACCUCAGCAAAGGAGAACAUUAAUAUCGAAGAAGCAGCUAGAUUUCUCGUCAGUAAAAUACUUCAAAACGAUCAGGUUAUAAGAGACAAUGGCGUUCAACAGAUGGAUAACGAAAGAUUUGCGUUAAAUCAAUCGCCCACAAGCUCCAAAAAAUCCUGCAGUUGCUGACGAAUAAACAAAUUCAAGUUCAAAUUCUCGGUUACGAUUUUCCAUUCGUCAACUUCCACAUACAUUCGUAGAUGCCAUGAGAGAAUCAUAAUUUUUUAUGCUUUGUCAUUUUUUAUAACAAGAAGCAUUUACAUAUUUUCCAGCGAGAAUCUUUUAAUGUGCGAAAAUUAUUUAGAUUUGUCAGUUUAAAUAAUAUUUUUAAUGCCGCAUAAAAAAGCUAUAAUUUAAGGAUAGUAUAAAAACAAAUUUUUUAAUAUUCCUAUAAACAGUGCUUUUAAAUGCAUUAAAAUGACAUAAUGGCUUUGAUAAGAUUACCGAUGUGCAUUUUUUAAUACGUAUAUUAAAUAUUAAAGUAACUCGAACAGAUUUGUAGAGCACUGUUUUCUGUUUGUCACAUUAUGUAAAUAUUUAUGCAACUACUUUGUCAUUAAUAGUAAGAAUCUUGUGCGUAUUAUGUGGUAAAGAGCGUACUGAUACUAUUUAUUAGGUUAAUUGUAAAUUACAUUAAUCAUAUAUAUGAUUAAAUACUACGAAUUCGAUAAAAUCGAAAUAUACUUUUGAUUGAUUUCUUGUUAGAUUUACAAUAAUAUAUAUUUCCUAUCGAUACGUCCAUUUUGCUGAUUAAAUUUAGUUAUCGACAACAUUGUGCCUUCGUUCGCACAAUCGCAACAAAUUACACAAGACAGCUGAAUUAAAAUGUCAAACGAUCAUUUUACAUAAUACGCAUUUAGACAAAGAAAUGGCCGGUAGUUUGAACUAAAAUUCAGAGUGAAAAAUGAAAAGUAAGAAUCUUUAAUGUAUCGCUUCCCGAGUCGAGAGAAAAAAAGAUAUGUAAUGUUCUUGAUAUAUAGAUCUACGUAUAGAAGUAUACGCGUAUUAAUAAGUAAGAUAUAUAUUGAGAGCUGUGCAUAUACGUAUAUAUGAUGUAUACAUUAUAUUGUAAAUAACUCAGAUUUUACAUUAAUGAUCUUCAGCUUUUCAGCGAUAUUCGUAUGUUUGCACUUUUAUAUGAUAUAAUUUGUAACGCGGCGUAUUGUUAUUGAAAAAAUUGUAGAUAUAUAUAAUAUAUACAUAUAUUAGAUAUGUUAUUUUUCCGAAACAUAAUAUUUAUCUAAUAACUAUAUCAUUACUAUUAACAUGUUAUUACUCUAACAGUAAUAAUAUGUCUGCCUACUUUUAUAUAGACUAUCUCUUUUUAUAUAGAUAAAAGACAAUUACAAAACAAUGUUUAAUUAUAUUAAAUUUGUUUAUAUCAGA